AUGCCGCCAAUUGAUUCUACCAAUGAGGACUAUGUAAAGAAGAACAUGCUUAGUAGUUCGAUUGAAGACAAGCGGCUGUUCAAAUCGAGGAUCCAAAGGUUUAAAACCACCCAUAGACUCUACAUAUACCUUAUGGGUUCCCUGGCGGUACUACAGAUCAUUGCUAUAGCGUUUUUCGCUAGGGGAUUUCUACUUACCCGAACCGUUCUCGAAAACGUUGCCACCGGCGCAGAUCACGAAGCAAGAUUUUCAAAGUGCGUAAUAUUGGUUAUAGAUGCACUAAGAUUCGAUUUUUCGAUUCCAGUCGAUCCUGCAGACAACGCCUUUAAUUCCUAUUUUCACAACAAUCUGGAUGUUUUGCAUACCAGCUUUAACAAUGCUACUUCUGAAACACACUCAUCGCUUCUGCUAAAAUUUAUCGCAGAUCCACCGACAACAACUUUACAGCGUCUAAAGGGCCUUACAACAGGUUCUCUGCCGACCUUUAUCGACGCAGGGUCCAAUUUCAAUGGUGCGGUAAUCGAAGAGGAUAAUCUGAUUAAGCAGAUGUUUCUGAACAAUCAGAGCGUUCUUUUCGCUGGUGACGAUACAUGGGAUAAUCUUUUUAACCCAUUUUUGUCCCCUGCAAGCCAGCCUUUUGAAUCUCUAAACGUUUGGGACUUAGACACAGUUGAUAACGGCGUUAUCAGAUUUUUCGAAGACAACCUUUUUGCGAAGAGCGAGAAGAGCGAAGAAUGGGACGUCCUUAUAGGCCAUAUGCUGGGAAUUGAUCACGUUGGUCACAAAUAUGGGCCUAAUCAUUUCACCAUGAAAGAGAAGCAGUUGCAGGCUAAUGAAUUCAUCAAGAGGAUCUGCGAAUCAAUCGACGAUGACACCUUGUUAGUUGUGAUGGGAGACCACGGCAUGGAUCAUACCGGUAACCAUGGAGGCGACUCGAAGUCAGAGCUAGAGGCUGCUUUAUGGUUGCAUUCCAAGAGACCCAACAUGUGGAGCCAUUUACCAGAGCAAUUCUAUGACAUUAGCGCUCUGGGCGAAAACUACAGACAGGUUAACCAGAUUGACUUGGUGCCAACACUAUCGUUGCUUUUAGGUUUGCCAAUUCCUUUCAAUAACUUAGGAUGGCCUAUCCAAGAAGUAGCUGCUACACAAGAGCAACUAAGAUCAUACAGCAAAAUCGCUUUAGACCAAAUAAAAGCUUACAAAGACAUAAGCAGGGUGAUUACAGCAGCUGAAAAAAAUGAGCGCCUUAACGAGCUGCUCAAUGAGUCACUUGAGGACAUACUACAGGCCUCUGAAUAUCAGAAGAUAUUUCUGGAGUCUUGUAAAGAUCUAUGGGCCAGAUUUGAUUACUUCAGCAUUGCAACAGGAAUUAUUCUUUUAACAGCAUCUUUGGUACUGUUGAUAACUAUUACGAAGCUAAUACCAUCAAUUGUGGUUGGCCAAAUGGUUACUGAGCUCGUACCAUCCAUAACAAUCAUGGCGUUGGUAUCUAAUGUUUGUUUUAUUGGUAUUUUUCACGUUUUGCACCAGCCCAAAUUCCUUGAGAACUGGAUAUGGUGCAGCUUGCUUGCUACUGCGGUUGGAAUUAUCGUUGGAUGCUUCAUACCUUUAUUUGAUCGGUACAACUUCGCUUGGAUAACUGUGAAGUUCAUCGAAGACCUUUCCGAUUAUUGGUCCCGUAUUGCGGCAAUGUGUGUGACUCUUCACGCUCUUCUAUUCACCUCUAACUCUUUCACAAUUUGGGAAGACAAAAUAGUUAGUUUUCUUCUUGCAACACUUGGGAUGCUAACUCUCUAUGAAUUCGUGUUUCUGCCCAAAAGAAAGCUAACUACAGCCCUGCUCAGCGCCGCCAUGGGAGAGAAGCGGGGAUCUUCGUCUUCUAACGCCUCGUCUUCCUCUGAAACCGAGUCAUCGCCCCUUGGGAAAUUUGCUCGCUUUGUGGGAAGCUACCACUCAAUUGUUUUGAUAGCCUGUACAAGGAUUUCAUCAAUGAUCACAAUCUGUAGAGAAGAACAAGGCGAAUAUUGUACGCCAACUUUCACUACAGCUAACAACUAUUCUCCUUGGUGUCUGUCUUUGUGCUUAGUGCUUGUGGCCUACCUACCUUCUCUCAUAAAAGGAUACUACAACGUGUGCUCUUCCUACCAGGCCGCUGCUCCGAUAUGGAUUGGCCAAUUUUUGAAGUUUGUGUUGCUUGGAAACUUCGUGUACUGGACAGUGUGCGCAAUGGAAAACACCGUUCCUACGUGGUCGUGGGACGUCAAGAUUUUCAAGCUCACGCUCUCUAGGAUUAUUGCAGGGUUUUCACUUGUCGCUGCAAAUAUCGGGUGGCUAAUGGGCCCGCUCUGCGUGAAGAUAAAUAUCCACAACAACGAUGUCAAGUCACAGCAAGCUACUAUUUUGGGUUACGCAAACGCCUACGGAUCUCAAUACUUCCUGCUGAUCCUGAAUUUCUUCAUGUGCAUCAUGCUGUUCAACAAGCCUAUGGCGCAGCUAUCUUUAUCUCUUAUGUGCACUCAGUUGUUAUCAAUGUUGGAGAUUUUUGAUCUGCUGAAACUGAAAGAAAACUUGAUAGGGCCCGUUAGUAUGGGGUUGCUUGCCUACCAGCAAUUUUUCUCCACUGGCCACCAAGCUACAAUUCCAGCGGUCCAGUGGGACAUUGGGUUCAUAUUGACAGAAAGAAUAACAUUCCCCUUCACCCACUUGGGAAUAGUUCUGAACACUUUUGGCCCUCAUAUCAUUGUCGCCCUGUCAGUGGCUCUAUUAACUCUAUGGAAGCAGCCUCCCAGCGUGCUGAAACCGCAAACACUUCUGGCUCGCAUUGUCUCCAAUUGCGGUAUGCUUCUAAUCUACAACACCGUGCUUUGUUUGAGCUCAUUUGUGUGGGUAACACAUUUUAGAAGACACUUGAUGGUGUGGAAAAUAUUUUGCCCGCGGUUUAUGUUUGCAAGUCUCAGCUUGAUUGUCACUCAGGUGAUUGUAACUCUUGUAACCAUAGCUUUUGCGAGCGGCAGACUUAUACGCCAAAUUAACACCAUUUUUCCAAGCUGA